AUGGUGUGGCUAUUCCCCUUUGUUUGUUAUACGCGCUCAGAGAUUCCUCCGAAUCUCAUAGAAUAUUCCAACGGAGUGAUCAAAUCAAAGUUUUAUGGGAUACUAAAGGGAUCUAGUCUCUUAACAUCACAUACGGCCUGCGAAGAGUUUGUUAAAAAAUGUGGACCGAGCACUGUAGGCACUCUGCUCAAGCUCUCUGAAUCCUGCUUGAAGGACAAGGAAAUCUCUCCCUCAAAUAAACUCAAUAUCGUACAAUUGGUUCAAGUUAUAGCAAAAUCUUAUGAUCAUAACGCUCGCUUAGUUUCUCGGUCAGGGAUUCUAAAGGUGUUUUACAAUCUUGCACUUCUCCGGAAUGCCAAAACCUUGUACUAUUUUAAAAAUGGAGUUGACAGAGACAGUGUAAACACACUUGCAGAAUAUGUGAUCAACACCAUUGAGGAGUUAUCCACUUCAAACUUCUACGGAGUGCUUGUAGCCGAUAAAAUAAGUCCUGGAGUUACAGCCCUUAUCACAAAAAGCAAAAAGAUAAAGGAAAAGCUACUCAAAGCUGGAGCAUCAUUCGUAAUGAAUAGUUGGGAUUUGCCAUAUCACAGAAAUCCUUCACUAAAAACAUUGCCAGGGAGUAAUGAUCUGGUCCACACGAAAUCCCUUGAAACAAAAUUUAAAGAGCUACAGUAUAGCUUAUCUGUAAUAGAAAACGAAAUGACUAAUAUUGGGUUUUUUGAUGAAGUAGAGAUCGAUGAAGUUAAAUGCACGGAAUUCAUAUCCUCUCUUUCCAUGUACGAGCACCAUAAUCAAAUGCUUAUCCAGGAAUGUGUUGAUUCUGAGGACCUUUCAAAUUAUGAGGCUCUCAUGGAACUUGAUGACUACAUAAAGUACUUGCUUACCGUUUCAAAGAAUAAGAUAUCUGGAGAACCAAUGCCAGCUCGUACAUUCUUAUCACAAGCUCAAAGCGUGCUCCAUAGCUCCCGUGACACGGAUCUACAAUGUAGCGCAGCUGUAGAAGAGUUUACAGACGAUAAUAACUUAUCUAUGGAAGAAUUAGGACUUUCUACAGGAACAAAUUCAAACGUACAGGCACCCAAAAGUGAGACUGUUGACCUAGAUGACGAUGAUACCAUGGACUAUAUAUCUAAACACACUACAUAUGAACCCAUAAAGAUAACCCCUGGAUAUUUUUCAAGCAUGAGUUUUCACUCUGCUAAGGAGAAUAGUUUGCAGAUUUCCAGUUCUACUGAAAGUCUAAAAGUUGAACAGCCACUGAAUCUCCAAGGAAACGAAGGUGUAAAAGACUUGUCUGUUUAUGAGAGUGCUAAAGAGAUUUCAGCUGUAGAUGGGGACUCUAGGGAUAAUUGGGCUUCGUUUUCCGAGGAUGAAGACGAUGUAAAUCUGCCACCUGCGGAAAUAGGAGUCAUUCGGGCGGAAAGUAUUGAUAUUGAUAAAGAGGAAACGUCUACAGAAAAUAUCCACAUAGAAGAUGUUAACGCUCUCAUUUCCUCUUUAUCGGAUGAACUGGAAUUUUCUCAUGUACCAAUCUCUGAUCCCUCUUCUCCAAAUUAUGAACCUACUUUUAAUCAACCCUUGGACGAAGAUGUAGAAACGCUUUGUAAAGAUGCAACGUCAUUAAAGGAGACAUUGUACCAUAUAAAUCAUUAUCUAGAAUCUAAAUCUAGUGAAGAUCCUUUUCAAAAGGAAGCAAUUAUGGAUGAUGAAGAAGCAUUUUCUAGGACUGUUGUAAAUGUGCAUGUUAGUAAGUUUGAAAAACCGGUUAGCGCUCAAAACCUUGAUGUAUAUGAUUCAAAAGGAGAUGAUGAUGCGCAUAUGGAUUUUGUUGAGGAAGUAACAAGCAUGGAGGAAACUCUGUGUAUUGAUCCAAUGGCUACUGUUUGCUCAAUUGAUGUCUGUGACGAUACUGUACAACUAAAAAGUGCUGAUGAGGAAGUGCAAAAUAUACCGGAACCAUCUCCUUCAAUAUUCAAGGUGGCUCAUGCCAGUGAUUCCUUUAGUGAUAUGGAAAAUACAGAACAUAACACGAAAAUCUCUGGAAAACUCGUGGACUCCUUUGUGGAUCGUAAUAAAUAUCUCUAUAAGGAUAUUAAAUCUGACGUAUUUGAUGAGAUUGAAGCCCCUGUCGGAGGUACUGUCCACGAACAAGAUGUAGGAGGUAGAGACUCACAUGGUAUAAAGAAUUUCGAUGAGGAACUCCCUCAAGAGCAACCUGUCCCUGAAUUUUCACAGUUUGAACAUACAAAACAAGUUGAAAAUUCUGCACUUCACAAAGAUUCCACUAAGGAGCAAAAUGGGACAAAAUCGGAAAGUAUCAAAAGGGAUGAAUAUAUGCCCAUGGAUUUUAUAGAUACCACAAAUGUCUGCAAUAGUGCCACGGAUCUCCUACAUUCCAUUUCAAUGCAUUUGGAUGAACCAGAACCUAGAAAGCCGCACCAUGGUGGUCGUCACCCUUCCAGACCAACUCGGAUACCUACAGAUGGUCAUUCGGAUACAUCCUCGUAUAUGAGGCAUAAAGACUUGGAGAGAGGAAGCAAUAAAUCUAAAAGGUCUGACCGCGGAGUUUUUGCAAAAGAUGUGAGUUUCGACAAAUCUGGACCUGGUUUUGCACGAGAUGGAAAUAAGGGUAAGCAUGCAAAUUCAAAAACCCGUCAGCGGACCAAGGAAAAACAAGAAUACAGUAAUGGCAGCAUAAUCAGAGCGUGCAUUCUGUAUAAGAAGGAUAUUAUAUAUGAGGAUGAGUCUAUAGUUGUUUCUUUUACUAGUGUUUCUAGAUAUGAGCCUAGCCAUCAUCUGGAAUGUGUGCUCUCAAUAUUGAAUAGGGGAAAUCGGAUUAUUAAACACCUUCAAUAUAACUUUAUGAAUUUUGAAAACUUUCCGCUGGAACUUCUAUUUCUGAAUAACCCAAAGAAAGUUAUAGAACCUGGAAGGGUUCUUGAGAGCCGUUUCAAGGUUGAUUGCUACGGUGCAUAUGUAGGUCUUCCAAAAGUAACUAUUCUUGUUAUUUACGAUGGAGUAUUUGAUGGUAAAACAGUUGAUCUCUACCUUCCACUCCCAAUAACGUCCUUCUUUACUCCAAAUAUGGACUAUAGACACCUUAAUAGUACCGAAUAUUACGAAAGUGCCAACUUUAAGAAUAUUAUGCAAAACAAGGUGUAUUUCAAAAUAAAGGCAAAUAUAGAGUAUAAUGAAAUUAUUAGAAUUGCAACACUCGGCGGAAAAUUUAAAAUUUUAGAUAGCACACGGAAUGAUUAUGGAUCGGUAUAUCUCGUUUCCACAUAUAUAAAUAGACACACAAAUAGCAGUUUUGUAGAAAAGUUUACGGUAUUUUGUAUGAUUGAAAAGUCAAUGGACAUGAGUUUUAAUCUUCAUGUAUCUUCGGAUUCCUAUAGAUUGUCAAACUCUGUUGCAACACUUUACAAGUACCUAUUUCAACAUUAA